AUGCUCGGCUUACGCCCUCGACCGACGCUCAAGGCCCGGCUCAGCCUGGUGGAUCUGAUUCGACGAGGCAACUUGGACGGAUCAGGUGGUCCAAGCAGUCCUGGCAGUCCUGGCAGCCCUGGCAGCAGACCGGACACACCUCAAGCUGCGUCACCUGGCGGCGCAGUUACAGCCGCCAUCACUAGGGCGAAAGCCACAGCACUCCACCUGCAGCUGCAACUGCUCGAGGAGACAGCUGUUGAAGCUUCCAACCAACCAUUGCCCGCCAGUCCUGCGCCAUCACCAGCUUCAACAUCGCUUGCCUCGCCUCAGCCUAUCCUGUCCGCCGCAUCACCUCCAGCUUCACCUGGCCCUCCGACCCCUUCUAUAUCCAUCUCCGAAGCUGCAGGGCCGCCUACCGGUACUCCUCCUACACAACCGCCCAAGAUGGCUCCGUCAGCGAAAGCUACCAAUGGCGAUAAGGAUGAGCUCAACAGCGGCAAGAUCUUCUCCGUCUCCGGACCUGUCAUCAUCGCCGAGGAAAUGACUGGUGUUGCCAUGUACGAACUUGUACGAGUCGGUCACGAUAACCUGGUCGGGGAAGUCAUUCGAAUCAGUGGCGACCAAGCCACCAUCCAGGUUUACGAGGAAACUGCCGGUGUCACUGUCGGCGACCCUGUCCAGCGUACCGGCAAGCCCCUCUCCGUCGAGCUUGGUCCCGGUCUACUACACAACAUCUACGAUGGAAUCCAACGGCCGCUCGAGAAGAUCGCGCAACAAUCCCAGAGCAUCUAUAUCCCCCGUGGUGUUGCCGCCCCCGCCCUCGACCGAGAGAAGAAGUGGGAGUUUACGCCUACGUUGAAGGUUGGCGACCACAUCUCCGGUGGUGACGUAUGGGGAACCGUUUUCGAGAACUCCUUUAUCAAGGUCCACAAGGUUAUGCUGCCUCCCCGCGCGAGAGGUACCAUCACAAAGAUCGCCGGAAAGGGCGAGUACACUGUCGAUGAGAAGAUCCUUGAGAUCGAGUUCAAUGGAAACAAGACCGAGCACGGCAUGAUGCACACAUGGCCUGUUCGUGUCCCGCGACCUACAACCGAGAAGCUCUCUGCCGACAGCCCCUUCAUUGUCGGCCAAAGAGUCCUGGACGCUCUCUUCCCCAGUGUUCAAGGUGGCACUGUGGCUAUUCCUGGUGCUUUCGGUUGUGGCAAGACUGUCAUUUCGCAGUCCGUCUCCAAGUUCUCCAACAGCGAUGUCAUCGUCUACGUAGGGUGUGGAGAGCGAGGUAACGAGAUGGCUGAAGUCUUGAAGGAUUUCCCCGAGCUGUCGAUUGAGGUCGAGGGCCGCAGAGAACCUAUCAUGAAACGAACAACUCUCAUCGCCAACACUUCCAACAUGCCCGUCGCUGCCCGAGAAGCGUCCAUCUACACUGGUAUUACUGUCGCCGAGUAUUUCCGUGACCAGGGAAUGAACGUUGCCAUGAUGGCUGACUCGUCGUCGCGAUGGGCUGAGGCUCUUCGUGAAAUUUCCGGUCGUCUCGGUGAAAUGCCUGCGGAUCAAGGUUUCCCUGCUUACUUGAGUGCCAAGCUUGCCAGUUUCUACGAACGUGCCGGAAAGACCAACUGUCUGGGUUCUCCCGAGCGUUUUGGCAGUGUCAGCAUUGUCGGUGCCGUCAGUCCGCCCGGUGGUGAUUUCUCAGACCCUGUCACCAGUUCGACGUUGGGUAUCGUGCAAGUGUUCUGGGGUCUCGACAAGAAGCUUGCCCAACGGAAACAUUUCCCUUCCAUCAACACCUCCGUAUCUUACACUAAAUACGGUACCACACUGGAUAAGUGGUACGAGAAGGACUACCCAGACUUCCCCCGGCUGCGUGAUCACAUCAAGCAGCUCCUUUCCGACUCGGAAGAGCUGGACCAGGUCGUGCAGCUGGUCGGAAAGUCUGCCUUGUCCGACCCUGACAAGAUCACUCUUGAUAUUGCUACGCUACUGAAGGAAGACUUCCUGCAGCAGAACGGUUACUCGGAUUACGACCAGUUCUGCCCUCUCUGGAAGACUGAGUGGAUGAUGAAGCUGAUUAUGGGCUUCCAUGAUGAGGCACAAAAGACUGUCGCACAGGGUCAGAACUGGAACAAGGUCCGCGAGGCGACGGGCGAUAUACAGGCACAGCUCCGAAGUCUGAAGUUUGAGGACCCGGCUGAUGGUCAGGAGGCAGUCUGCAAGAAGUACGAGGAAGUUCAGCAGACGAUGAUGGACAAGUUUGCUUCUGUUAUGGAUGAAUAA